AUGAAGGUUCAUAUUUAUUUCUUAUUCUUAUCCAUUUGGACAAUCAGUUGCUUAAAUAUAAACCACAUCAAUGAAUCAUCUACUGCCAGAACCACAGGUACGUUUGUAAAAACUACGGUCUCUACAGAAGAAAAGAUGGACGAUUUUAGGAAACGCUUGCUGGGCUUCAUAGUUGGAAUAAUGAUCAUAACCUUUACCUUUACCUGCUUUUGUUUACUGCAUUAUAACUGCAUGAUCGAGGAGGUCCAACCACCAGGAGGGCUCAACAAAGAAAAUAUGGAAGCUAUAUCAUCCUGGGUAUCCAAGGUAUCAGCUUGUCAACCUGAUAUAAUAACUGAGGACAUUCUAGAAACUCAACCUCUGCUGUUAAAUUCAGACCAAAAGGCUGAGCCCUCAUGUCAAGAAAACCUAUCUAUGCCAAACGAUACAAUAAAACCAGAUGAGCCUUCAAGUCUAGAAAAGCCAUGCAUACCCUCCAACCCACAAAAUUCAAUGAGAUGUACAAAUACUGAUAAGUCAUCCAUGAAAUGCAGUGUAAAAACAUCAAACAGACAAUUCAAUACAAAAAGGUCAACCAAGUCGUCAAAUCCCCAAAGAUUACAUAAGCCAUCUAGCCUGAAUAAGUCCUAUAAGAAACACAGCCUUAAAAAAUUGCAGAAGCUCGCCCAUACCUGUAAAUUGUCCUGCUCUGAGAUGCAAGCCGUACCACCCUGGCUAACCAUUAUGAAAACGUCAGCUGCUCUAGCCACACACCCUUGCCAAUCAGUCUCCAAUAAUCAACUUGUGUCCACCAAACCAUCUAGAAGGAGACCAAACCUGGCACGUGGAAGCCAUGAUCAAAAAAAGUCAAUGAGUACAGGAAAGGCUGUGUUACACGGGAAGCAUUCAUCAUUCACACUUUGCCAAUAUUAUAAGGAAAAAUGUCUUACUUGUAAUCCUGAAUUUCUUCUCAAAGAUCUUGCGGGGUCAAAAAGGGAGCAUGCUGGAAAUCCUUAUGCUUCAAAGACAAUGAAGCCAUUUCCCAAGUCCUUUUAUGAAGCAGAGUACAAAUACACUGAAAGAGCGUACAAGUACAAAUGUUAUAAAGAUAAUGAGAGUAACGAGACUACGAAAACAUGUGACAGUGAAGACAGUGAUACAGAGGUAGUCAUUAUUUGUGACAGAAGUCAUGAAGAUGAUUACAUGGCUAAAAGCAUCUCAAGUUACUAA